CCGUGGUGCACGGAUUUCAACCAAUGAGCGCGCGUUUGGCCACGAAUUUCGACGACCGCCAUCUUGACGUAGACAUUCCGCAACAAACAACCAUCGCCGUCGUCAUGCCUGCCUCCGCCCCCAAGACCGAGAUCCCGUCCGAGUACCGCAUCUCCGAGAAGUGGGACAAGUGCAUCGAGAGCUUCAUGGUCAACUUCUCGGCCGGCCUCGUCGCCGGCGGCUUGACGUCGCUCGUCCUUGCGCGCACGGGCGCGGGCCGCUCGGCCUUGACGGGCUUUGGUGCGGGUGCCGGCGCUGGCGCGACCUGGACGACGUGCAGCUUGGCGUUCGAAGAAGAGGCCAAGAAGAGCGACAACUAAGGUGCAUAACUCUCCGUGUACGAGUGUAUGAGGUAGCACGUGGACGAGUACACGACACUUGUGCUAUCGGCUCUAUUUCCGUCGGUUUAGCUUAACGCGAAGACAUGCUCUUGUUCGUA